AUGGGCGAGGCCGGGCAGGACGCGCCGCCGCCGCCGGAGAAGGGCGUCGAGGUGGAGGUGUUCCCGGCGUGGGCGCGGGGCGUGGAGGAGUGCGAGGCGCGGCUGGGGGUCUCGGCGUCGCGGGGCUUGUCGUCGCGGGAGGCGGCGGCACGGCUGCGGGCGCAUGGCCCCAACGAGCUCGCCGAGCACCCGGGACCCACGCUGCUGCAGCUCGUCGCGCAGCAGUUCGACGACACGCUCGUCCGCAUCCUCCUCGCCGCCGCCGCCGUCUCCUUCGCGCUCGCGCUCUCCUCCUCCGCCGGCGCCGUCACGCUCUCCGCCUUCGUCGAGCCGCUCGUCAUCUUCCUCAUCCUCGUCGUCAACGCCGCCGUGGGUGUCUGGCAGGAGACCAACGCCGAGAAGGCGCUCGAGGCGCUCCGCGAGAUCCAGUCCGACCACGCCGCCGUCCUCCGCGACGGCGACUGGCUACCCAGCCUCCCCGCGCGGGACCUCGUCCCGGGCGACAUCGUCCAGCUCCGCGUCGGUGACAAGGUCCCCGCCGACAUGCGCGUCCUCCGCCUCGUCACCUCCACGCUCCGCGUCGAGCAGGGCUCCCUCACCGGCGAGACCGCCUCCGUCAACAAGACCGCGCACCAAGUGCCCCACGACGACGCCGACAUCCAGGCCAAGGAGUGUAUGGUCUUCGCCGGCACCACCGUCGUCAAUGGCAGCGCAAUCUGCCUCGUCGUGCACACUGGGAUGGCCACUGAGAUCGGCAAAAUCCACGCGCAGAUCCACGAGGCCGCGCAGGAGGACGACGACACCCCGCUCAAGAAGAAGCUCAACGAAUUCGGCGAGGCGCUCACCAAGAUCAUCGGCCUCAUUUGCGCUUUGGUGUGGCUCAUCAAUGUCAAGUACUUCUUGACGUUUGAGCUCGAUGGGUGGAUGCCGAGGAACAUCCGCUUCUCUUUCGAGAAGUGCACAUACUACUUCGAGAUCGCUGUGGCGCUCGCUGUCGCUGCCAUACCGGAAGGACUUCCUGCCGUGAUCACCACGUGCCUUGCACUUGGUACAAGGAAGAUGGCCGCCAAGAAUGCUCUUGUCAGGAAGCUUCCAAGUGUGGAGACCUUGGGAUGCACCACCGUGAUUUGCUCUGACAAGACCGGGACGCUGACAACGAACCAGAUGUCCGUGGCGAAACUUGUGGCGAUCGGAGAUGCUGAAGGGAAGGUCAGGAGCUUCAAGGUCGAUGGGACGACAUAUGAUCCCCGGGAUGGUAGAAUUCACGAUUGGCCUGCAGGGAGGAUGGAUGCAAACCUUCAGACGAUCGCAAAGAUUUCUGCUGUGUGCAAUGAUGCCAGUGUGGCACAUUCUUCACAUCAGUAUACUGCAACUGGAAUGCCGACAGAGGCAGCUUUAAAGGUCUUGGUUGAGAAAAUGGGAAUACCUGAAGGAAUGAACGGAUUGUCCUUGGAUCCAUCUGAAACAUUAGGCUGCUGCCAAUGGUGGAGCAAUGUUGCCAAGAGGAUUGCUACUCUUGAGUUUGACCGUACAAGGAAAUCAAUGGGAGUAAUUGUUAAGUCCAAAUCAGGAAGGAAUGCUCUACUUGUGAAGGGAGCUGUUGAAAACUUGCUGGAGAGGAGUAGCCACAUUCAACUGCAGGAUGGUUCAGUUGUGCCGUUAGAUGAAAAAUCAAGGAAAGCUAUUUUGGAAAACCUCCAUGAAAUGUCAAUUAAAGCUCUGCGCUGCCUUGGUUUUGCAUACAAAGAGGAUCUAGCAGAAUUUGCAAGUUACGAUGGUGAAAACCACCCCGCUCACAAGCUUUUGCUGGAUCCAGUCAAUUAUGCAGCAAUUGAGACCAAUUUGAUAUUCACUGGUCUUGCUGGCCUAAGGGAUCCUCCAAGGGAAGAGGUUUUUGAUGCUAUUGAAGAUUGCAGAGCUGCAGGCAUCCGUGUUAUGGUGAUAACAGGAGACAACAAAGAAACUGCUGAAGCAAUAUGCCGUGAAAUUGGUGUGUUUUCACAUGACGAGGACAUUACCUUAAAGAGUCUUACAGGAAAGGAGUUCAUGGCACUUGAGGACAAGAAGACACUGCUGCGAAGGAAAGGUGGCCUACUGUUCUCUAGGGCAGAGCCUAGGCACAAACAAGAGAUUGUGAGACUGCUCAAAGAAGAUGGUGAAGUUGUUGCUAUGACUGGAGAUGGAGUUAAUGACGCCCCUGCGCUAAAGCUGGCUGACAUUGGAGUAGCAAUGGGUAUUACAGGCACUGAGGUUGCAAAAGAGGCCUCUGACAUGGUUCUUGCUGAUGACAAUUUUAGUACCAUUGUUGCGGCAGUUGGUGAAGGAAGGUCUAUUUACAACAACAUGAAAGCUUUCAUCAGAUACAUGAUUUCCUCAAACAUUGGUGAAGUUGCGUCAAUUUUCCUAACUUCUGCUCUGGGUAUUCCUGAGGGGUUGAUACCGGUUCAACUUCUAUGGGUAAACCUUGUCACCGACGGUCCUCCUGCAACUGCAUUAGGUUUCAAUCCACCUGAUAAAGACAUCAUGAAGAAACCGCCUAGAAAGAGUGAUGACUCACUGAUUACUCCCUGGAUUUUGUUCCGUUACCUGGUCAUUGGCCUUUAUGUGGGGAUUGCCACGGUCGGCAUCUUUGUCAUAUGGUACACACAUGGAUCUUUCAUGGGCAUUGACCUCACCGGAGAUGGUCACACCCUUGUCAGCUACUCUCAGCUCUCAAACUGGGGCCAGUGCUCUACCUGGAACAACUUCACAGUUACGCCUUUCACUGCUGGAGCUAGGACUUUCACCUUCGAUGACAAUCCAUGCGAGUACUUCCAUGGUGGCAAAGUGAAGGCGACAACGCUCUCGCUGUCUGUCCUGGUGGCGAUUGAGAUGUUCAACUCACUCAACGCCCUCUCCGAAGACACUAGCCUCCUGAGGAUGCCUCCUUGGGUAAACCCAUGGCUGCUCCUCGCCAUGUCAGUGUCGUUCGGGCUCCAUUUCUUGAUCCUCUACGUGCCGUUCCUCGCGCAAGUGUUUGGCAUCGUGCCGCUCAGCUUGAACGAGUGGCUGCUGGUGUUGCUUGUUGCACUCCCGGUGGUGCUCAUCGACGAGGUUCUCAAGUUUGUCGGAAGGUGUACAAGCUCAUCAGGCCCCAAGAGGCGAACCAGGAAGCAGAAGGGCGAGUAAAAUGCUAACAGUGAUUCUUCAGACUCAUCAGUAACAAAAGUCACUGAAUUUGUUGUGAUCAAGUAACAAUGAUCACCAAAUGAUGUUUAUUCAAUAGAAAUAUGUCCAAUACAAGAAAGUUCAGGAAAGAGAUUUUCUCAAAACAGGUCAUCACUCUUUGGGAAGUUGAUAACCUUUGCUGUUCUUUUAUUCCUUGUCCUAAAUGGUACUAUACUGAGCUCACAGCAAACCAGCAGGCAGCAGCAUUGUUCUGUUGGCAACAUUUUGCUUCUGUGAAUUAUUAUAUAUAGAUGAAAUAUUUAGAUCAAAUUAUACACAUUUCUGCCUACCUUAUUAUGCUUCUGCUGUGUGGUUUCUGAGCUGGUUGAUCUGGCAGGCCAAUACUCAA